AUGUCAGACACCCAACAACAACAACAAACCCAACAAAACGGCCAGCAGCAGCAGAAUGGCAACCAACAAGUCGCAGCCGGCAGCGGCCAGCAGCAACAAUACAUGAUCCCUCCCCGCGCCGAGGGAUACCGUCCAGCGGCCAUCCGCGAAUCCAGAAUCAAGGACCGUCCGUAUUCGCCCGUCGAAGCGAGUUUGAAAAUUAAGAUUGAGCUGGAUUUGGAGGUCGAGGUCGAUCUGUAUGCGAGGGUUAAGGGUGAUGUUACGAUUGGGUUGAUGUAG